CGAGGACCUUGACGGCCUCGGCGGUGACCUCGGGACCGACACCGUCACCGGGAAGAACGACAAUGUUGUAGUUGGUCAUUACUGUUUAUUGAUCGAAUGGAUCCCUGGGACCUUAUGAUUACCUGUAUGGUGGUGACUCCCUCGGACGAAAGCUCGGUCCCUAUAGUCGAAAUCCAGGGCGCGCGGGCCGUGUCGGCAGAUCAAGCCGCGAGAUCGUCGACGAGGACGAUUCUAUGGCCAACACCCAUUCUCAACCGAUUCGAAGGACCAAAUACUACAGUCUACCAUUGCAGUUCAUGGGGAAAGGUGAACACUAGCGUCAAUUUAGGGUCUAGAUACUAAGUUUCCACUUACGUUUAACGUUUUUUUGAUAGCUGUGAAA